GCCACCACGCCGCGCAGUAGCAGUCCUUCCUUUGCAGUACAUGAGUCCCCUUUCUGCUUGCAUCUGAGUCCUCUGAGUCCUCUUUCUGCUUGCAUCUGCAUUGCUGGAGUUUUGUCGAGUUUUGUCGAACAGCCAUCUCCACCGCCACAGUUGGACGCUGGAUAUCUGCAAGCUCGAAGUAGCUAUCCGACUGCUGCAGCACCGGCCCUUGACAACCCCCAGGACUGGGCACAACCUCCGCUCUGCACCGCUGCAUCUUCUGCCCACCCGACACUCAGGUGAUUCUUCUGCGCAUCCGGCACUCAGGUGAUGCUUGAGCGCGCCUCGACAUGCCUUGAAUCCGGCGGACGCCAGCUCUUUCGUGCUCCCAACCCAUGUCUGCGCAGUCGCCGCAAGCUGCACUCGACCUUCUGGCACCACGGUGCAAGCCAUCUAAGCCUGCCACUAUGGUGGGCUAUCAACCCAACACCCAAUGGCGACGCUGAUCAGCCGGCGACCAGCGCCGCCGACGCUGCGCCGCUGGAUUUCUUGUAUCCCGAGAAAACCCUCGCCCUGUUGCGGAGGCUUUCUGUGCGGACUGACGCGGCGUCAGACGCCAGGCGGCAGCAACUGCAUCGACCCACUAUCCGCGGUUAUGCUACCGCCCGGCGUACAGACCAUCGACUUGGGUCAGCUGCGCUAGAGGCAGGAGGAGAUGCGCUCAAUGCCGUCGAUGCCGUCGAUGCGGCAGAAGCAAAGGAAGCGAAGCGGGAGAUGCACGAGCGCUUGAUGGCAUCCUCUGCGCACGAGUCCCUGGGCGAGCUGCUGCGCAGGAAGGAGCCAGGAAAGCAGGAGCUCGCGUGGCAACUCUACCACGCGCUUCCCGCCCAAGGGUCCUCUGGCACCACCCCUGAUCUGCUGCUGCCCCUGCUCGAAUACCUCAGCGCAGACAACGAGCCAGCAGUGCCAACGCGCAUCAUCAGACUGUUCGAUCAGCUUCCGGACGCGGCUCGCACCGCUUCGUCGUAUCGAGCCGUCAUCGUUGCUCAUGUUGCACUUCGAGAAAUCGGGCCAGCCGUUAGUCUGCAUCGCACUGCUGCGAAAGGAGGGAGAUUCGUUGAGAAUGAGCACCACGUACCGGAUAUCGGAACGGGGGUGCUUCUUCGACGACUCGUUGCCGACGAGCAAUGGGAACUUGCCCUCCGCGUAUACUCGACGUAUGUCGCUGACCAUCGAUUCAGCAUAGACCGACAGCGAACAACAUACCGCAUCCGUUGGGGACAGGCUACCUUGCCAGAGAUAUGGACCGAGGCCGCUCACUUGCCGGAGAUCCAGGAGCACGUGCGGUCCCUUCUUGUGUACAGUCGCCAACACAAGGACGAGCUCAUGUCAACGCCCAAGAAGAAGAUGAUUUUCUACACGUUUGUUCAGAGCUUCCUGCCUCAUGUCAUGGAUAGGCUCCUGCACGUGCGCAAGCCAAACGAGGACGAGAUCUGGGAUUGGUUCACCAAACUCUUCGAGGAUCUUCACGCGCAGAACAUACCAGUCGACGCCAGCUACAACUACGCCAUCACCGCGAUGCUCAGACUUGAUCGGUACCGCAAGUACACGAACCAGCGGAAGAUCCAUCUUGAACUGUACCGUAGGUAUCGACAGUGGUAUCUUUACGAUCGCGUGGAUGACCCUGACUUCAAAACAUGGCCGCCUCAGCUACCCAUGUUAUCCUUGGUUCUUAGCAACCAUGGAACCCACGGCAGUCUGCACCGUGUGCACGAUAUGGUGCACGACAUCCGUACUUUCUACCCCAACAAGCCGCUUCCGCCCAACAUCCUAGGAGCCUUGUUGUUGAUCUUCGCCGAGCACGGUGAUGUCCAGCGAGUCAAUGAAUAUUUUGACGAGUUCUCCGCAAGCCAGGGCAAAGUAGACCCCAAGCAAGCCAACAGUCUCUUGUAUGUUCAAGCUCGACGCGGCGAUGUCCCUGGAGCGUUGGCAGUUUUUCGCCGCAUCCGCGAGGACCUGGGCUUCACACCCGACGUGCAGAUGUGGAAUACUCUGCUCCUUACCUACGUUCGUGCAGACGACCUCGAUGGCGCGCUCGAAACUUUCAACAAUGCCUUGGAUGCUGGCAUGGAGCCAAAUGAACACACUUUUGGGCCCAUGCUCGACAUGUGUGCGAACAGGGGCGAUAUUGAAGCUUUUGAAGCGCUGUACUCCAGAGCAAAGCAGAUGCAAAUUGCACUGGACAAUGACGUUCGAGCCCGAUCAGGCUACGUCCAGGCUUUCCUGAACGCCGAAGACGCAGACGGUGCAGAGGAGAUCGCGCAGGGUAUGCUGAAGCAGUGGAAGGCCGGUGCACUGACCGGACACCCGCUCACGCACACGUGGAACAUCAUGAUCCAGUACUAUGCUCUGCGAGGAGACGUUGCUAAUAGCAGAAGACUGUACCGGGAGAUGGUCGACAACAAGAUCCCUCUCGACAGCAUCACCUUCGCCAGUCUGAUGCGAUCCUUGAUCGAGAUCAAGCAGACGAACGCCGCGUACAAGAUCCUCAGAGUGACCCUUCCGGCCAACAGGAUGCGUGUAGAGGCCAUCCACUAUGCGAUCGUCAUGACUGGUUUUCUGAAAGAAGGUCAAUACGACUUGGCGCUGGAGACCUACGAGCGCAUGGUGGAACGAAACGUGUCGCAGACUAUCAGUUCUCGCCAAGCGUCGAUCAACACGGUCGGUAUGGCUGAGCUGGUGAGGUUGCUGAAGGUCAAGAAUCGCAAACCUCGACAACAUCUGCAGCACGUCGAACGACUUCUCCGCGACAUGCUAACAGAAGGCGAUGUUGGGCAAGACGUGGCGCAUCGUCAACCGAACCACAACCGCUACAUCGACGCGCAUACCCAGUCCAUCGUGCCCGCUUCCUACUAUGGACUUCUCAUCACCCUCUACAACACCCGCGGCGCCUACAAAAUCUGCAAAGAGCUGUUUGCCAAGGCAGAAGCCACCAUGAAGCCCUCCGACUUCGACGCUCCCACCACUUUCCUCACCGCUGUUAUGGAAGCGCACUACCGCGCCAAAGAAUGGGACGAAGUACAGAAAUGCUGGGACCUCAUCCGCGAGUCCUCGUCCAAGCUGAUCAAGACCUUCCAACAAGUCAUGAACCCCGCUCCAGAGCCUCCCGAGUCCCCCUCCCUCACCGACGGCGUCGUAAUCCAGCGCUUUGAAGAAUCCCGCAUCGCGCUCAACCGCCGUCAAGUCAUUGUCAAGGCAACCCGCAUCUACAUCCGCUCGCUCAUCAACCGCAACCCCAAGAAGAACCCGACCAACAAACUCCUCCAACAAGCGCAACUCACCAUCCGCGACUUGCUCGUCAACGGCUUCGUAAUCGACAACUUCACAUGGAACGAGUUCAUCGUCGCGCUCGCGCAAAACAACCAACUCGUCUCCGCCUUUACCAUCGCAGAAACCUACUUGAUGCCGCGCUUCCCCGGCUGGCGCAACCUUGCCCCGUUCUACGUGCGCCACGACAGGAAGGGGUAUCAGUGGAUGGAGCUCAGGCACUACGACGUUAAGCGCAACAGCGUGCUGCCCAGGUACAAGACGCUGGUUGUGCUGGCCAAGGCGCUGGCGGAUGUCAAGGAGGAUGAGCGGAACGGCGUUGGGUAUGUGGAGAGGGAGGUUAAGUGGGCGAGGGAGAUUCUGGAGGAGAAGGCGCCGAGUGUGUGUCGUGCGGUGGAGACGAUGCCACGCACGCAUGAUGAGAUGCAGGAGAGGUAUUUUGGGAAUCAGAGGGGGGUGAGGUAUUAGGUGUUGUAAGAUAGUGUGUGUUUUGUAUUUGAGAUGUGUAUAUAGGUAAACGUUAGUGAAC